ACGAGGUUUAUCGUCGGUGACCGAUGGAGCCCAGGAAACAAACGAGAUCUGGUGGCUGUGCUUGCGGAGCCUGCAAAUGUUUAUACGGGAAGAGGAAGUGGGAGUGCAAGGUCGACUGCAUAUUUGCGCCUUACUUUCCUGCAGAGGAUACCUUGAAGUUUUCAAACCUGCUCAAAGUAUUUGGGUACCGCAAUGUCCGCAAGAUGUUGCAGAACUUGCCGGAGUCGAGCCGAGAGGAUGCAGUGACGUCGUUGUGUUUCGAGGCCGAGGCCAGGAUUAAGGAUCCGGUUUACGGAUGCUCUGGCGAGCUUUAUAGAACCCAGAAAAGUAUGUCGGAGCUGAUGCAGCGAUUAGAGAUGAUAGGAAUUUUGCAGGAUAUAUUUGGCAGGAGAAGAAUCGCAUCAGAACGAAUGAGGGCUUGAGGCUGUCACGAUGAUGAUGUUCUUUAAUGUAAAAAUUCUUCAGAUAGAUCAGAAUGGACUUUUAGCUUGUUGCCAGUCUCGAACAAUCUUAGAGAGACUACAGUAAUACCCUCGAGGAAGAGUGACUCAACCUCCUGAUCUGUACCAACUUGUUCGAGGUCUUCCUUCCUCGCAUAUAUCGAGUUCAUGGUCGCAGGGAUGUCACCCUCUAAUCUCGUUUCUUAAUGUAAUUUUUUUUUUACUUACACGA